CCCGGCCAUAAAAGAAAAAAAAAGAUCGAGCCCGGGAUUCUCCUCCAUCUCCAACCUCAGCCCAGACCCCAGGGGGACGCAACCACCCGUAGCCACUCACCGGCGACGGCGACCAACGCGCCCAAUGGCUGCGUCCCUCCGCUCGCCGCCUCCCGUUCCUGCCGCCUUCCACCGCUCCCGCGCCAUCGUCCGCGCUUCCUCCUCCUCCUCGUCAUCGUCCGCGGUCUCGUCGUCGUCCGUGCCCAAGGCGCGCUUCGUCGCCCGCCGCUCCGAGUCCACCUCUGUCCAGGAGCUCUCCCGUCCCCUCGCGGAGUACAUGAGCUUGCCGGCGAGCCAGUACUCGGUGCUGGACGCUGAGCGUAUCGAGCGCGUCGACGAAUCCACCUUCCGCUGCUACGUCUACCGGUUCCGCUUCUUCGCGCUCGAGGUCUGCCCCGUCCUCCUCGUCCGCGUCGACGAGGAGCCCAACGGAUGCUGCAUUCGCCUCCUCUCCUGCAAGCUGGAGGGGUCACCGCUUGUGGAGGCACAAAAUGAUAAAUUCUCAGCUUCCAUGGUGAAUAGGGUCUUCUGCAACAGCAUUUCGCAAGAUUCGACAUUUCAACAGCUUACAUCAGAUACUACAAUCGAGGUUGCAAUUGAUAUACCGUUUCCAUUUCGAGCAAUACCAGUUGAAGCCAUUGAAUCAAGUGGCAGGCAAGUGCUUGAGCAGUUACUUCGAGUCAUGCUCCCACGAUUUCUGAAGCAGCUUGUCAAAGACUACCAAGCUUGGGCUUCCGGUGAUUCUUCAAGGAAACCACUUGGUACCGGUGAAAUAUGAAGCUGCCCAUUUCUUCCACUAGGCGUGAUAGUACUUAUUGGAUUCAGUUAUCGCCGCUUGAUGGAACAUAUGGCAAUCCUGCUCAUACACCAUCCAUUUUGCUCAUGGCAGUUUCUCCUUGUUGAACUCAGCCAAUGCCUGCUGGUUUUCUGUUGCACUUCUACUGUCGUACGAUCCUUGUGCUUCUUUAUGGCCUUUGUCUGAAGAUCCUUUGCACAGCUUAUGGCUAUGGAGUAUGUACCAUACAGAAGUUUGUAAACUAAGCAUUAAAUGUAUAUCAUGGUAUCUGAACAGUCUUUGCGUGCAUA